AUGCACUGGAGCCUCCUCAUCUACGGUCUCCUGGGCGCUCUGCUCCUGUGGAAGGCCGCCCGGCUGCUCGAGCAGCUGUGGUGGGAGCCGCGGCGGCUCGAGCGGGCGCUGCGCGCGCAGGGCCUUCGGGGCACGUCGUACCGCUUCCUCACCGGUGACCUCAAGGAGUACCGCCGGUUCAACAAGGACGCCGCGUCCAGGCCCUUGCCGCUGCGGUGCCACGACAUCGCCGGCCAUGUCUCGCCGUUUGUCUACGGCGCCGUCCGAGAACACGGCAAGACGUGCUUCUCGUGGUUCGGCCCGAUCCCCAGAGUGACCGUCACCGACCCGGACCUGGCAAGGGACGUGAUGUCGAACAAGUUCGGCCACUUCGAGAAGCCCAAGUUCCAGGCGUUUUCCAAGCUGCUCGCCGAUGGAGUAGCCAACUACGAGGGCGAGAAGUGGGUCAAGCACAGGAGGAUCCUCAACCCUGCGUUUCACCUCGAGAAGAUCAAGCGGAUGCUGCCUGUAUUUGCUACCUGUUGCACCGAUAUGAUUAACAGAUGGGAAAAUUCAAUGUCUUCCGAGGGAUCUUCUGAGAUAGACGUCUGGCCUGAGUUCCAAAAUCUUACUGGAGAUGUUAUCUCAAGGACCGCAUUUGGUAGCAACUAUCAGGAGGGCAAGAACAUUUUCCGGCUGCAAUGA